AAAAUGGAAGCUUUCGCCAAUUUGGAGACGGUUCUUGUCAAGCAAAAACAAUCCGGCAGUAUAUUUAAUUCAAAUCGAAAAUAUGAAGUUUUCCUUCCCAAUGGCCAGCAAGUUCUCUACGCCUCUCAGGACAAUGACUUCGUGGAUCGAAAUUUUCUUCCGGCACACCAUAUGACAAUAAAUGUGACAACGACGCCUGAAAAAAAAGUUGUAAUGCACGUGGCCCGACCAGAGGAUGUUUUCUGUGAAUCGAAGGUCAAAGUUGAUGUCUUUGGGCCAACAGGAAAUUUUCUGGCCAGGAUCAAGCUGAAGAGUAAAGUUUUCACGGCCAGUUAUAAAGUCGUCGACGACAAAAGGAAUCUUCUGUUCAAAAUUGAAGAAAAUGGAGCUUUUCAACCUGAGUACAUAGUGACUAAUCCUAGGGGCCAGGAGGUUGGCAGAAUCAGCAAGAAGUUUGCAGGACUCUUUCAGGAAAUGUUUACUAGUGCUGACAAUUUUAAAGUCACCUUUUCCCCAACUGCCAAUGUGGAAACUAAGGCGAUUAUUUUUGGUGCCACACUUCUGAUUGAUGCCGUUUCCCAUGAAUAAACUAAAUUAAAUUUUAAAAAAUCC